AUGUUGUCGAAAAACUGGCUCUUGUCCAUUUCGCUAGCUACCCUCGCUAUGGGUUUCCAGAUGCAGAUGCCCUUUGACACCUCCAGAUUCCAAGACUGGCUCCCGCUGAAUGGCAACUCGUACCGUCACUAUCUGACUGUGCCUCUUGACCAGUUACCUAUAGACGUCCAUCAGUACAAAAACGAUAUGGUGAUAAGGAUCAACUAUGCUGAGAAUAAAGAGUUGAAAAAAUUAUUGUUUUCUCUGCAGCCUGAGAACAAACCUGAAGAUUCAAACAACCAUAAGGACACCAAAAUCCACUACAGCAGAUGGGCCCACAACAAUGUCAAGUCGACAGUGGACUUACAGAUAGACGAAGACAACUUGGUUGGGCUCAUUGGCCGUUUUCCUCUGUUGGACUAUACUGUGAUCAUCCAAGACUUGGCUCAGAAAGUAUACGAGACAUAUCCGCAAGACUUUGAAAGACCAGGCAAAAGCAAGAUAUAUGCGCAGAAAGACGAUUACGUUUACAAAUCAACGGCUGAAGUCCUUGAUUCAAUGAAAGUCGAUGUCAUGUCCGAGCUAUUUUUCCGCGAAUACAGACCGCUCGAAACUAUCGAUGCCUGGUUGGAUAUCAUUCAGCAGACAUAUCCUGACAUCAUUACACUUGAAGAAAUUGGCCAUAGUUUUGAAAACAGAGCCUACAAAGUUGUCCAUUUCUCUGUACCCGACGGCAAUGUGGACCACAGCCAAAAGAAGACAAUUGUGGUCAACGGAGGAGUGCACUCACGUGAAUGGAUUUCUGUCUCUUCUGUGUUGUAUACGGUCUACCAGCUUAUACAGCUUUAUAACGAGAAUCCUACUUCUAAGAUCUUCUCUCACUUAGAUUUCUUGUUUAUUCCUAUUUCCAACCCUGAUGGUUACGAAUACACCUGGAGAUCUGAUCGGUUGUGGCGUAAGAACAGACAGCUGACCCUUUAUCCUGGCUGCUUUGGCAUAGAUAUUGACCAUUCCUACGAUUACCACUGGAUCAAGUCUUCUGACUGGGCCUGUGGAGAAGAGUACAGUGGAGAGCAGCCUUUUGAAGCCUACGAAUCUCAGAUCUGGGAAGAUUACUUGAACGCUACUAACAACGACCACAAGAUCUGGGGCUAUAUCGACUUGCAUUCGUAUGCCCAAGAGAUCUUGUACCCAUAUGCAUAUUCUUGUAGUGAGCAGCCUAGAGACGAAGAGAACUUGAUUGAGUUGGCCUAUGGUAUCUCCAAGGCUAUUAGAGUGCAAUCGGGAAAGACCUAUGAUGUCUUGCCAGCUUGUAUUGAUAAGGAUGCUGAUCUUCUUCCUGAUUUAGGUUCCGGUAGUGCUUUGGACUUUAUGUAUCACAACAGAGCAUAUUGGGCUUACCAGUUGAAGUUGCGAGACAGUGGUAGUCAUGGGUUCUUGCUUCCUAGUAAGUACAUCGAGCCUGUGGGUGAAGAGAUAUUUGCCGGAAUCAAGUAUUUCUGUUUGUUCAUCUUGAGCGACGAUCGUUAG